AUGUCGCCCCUCCCAGAGUUUGCUUUUGCUGUCAACCGCAACCCGGCGCUGGCCGUUGGCCUGCCGAUCGUCCUCGGCAUCGUGGGCAACUAUGCCAGCUCCGAGAUCCGCUCCAAGCGCACCGGCCAAGCGGCCAAGGCGACAUGCCCGCCUCACCCGGCCUUCUCCUACAUCUGGAUGGCGGCUUCCGGCCUGACCGGCUACGCCGCACACCUGACCGUACGGUCGUUUGACGCUGCCGUGACACCCCAGUCCGUCGACGCCGCGUCAGACGCCCUCGUUCUUUACUACGCGCAGCUCGGCCUCCAGCUCCUCUGGGAGCCGCUCUUCAUCGGCGCCAACCAGAAGCAGGCUGCUCUCGCCAACUCUCUCGCGCUCCUCGGCACGGCCGUCACCAUGGCUAUUAAGAUGAACGACCUCGCCACCACACCCAUCAGCACUAACUGGUUCACUGUUCCGUACUGCGCGUGGAUUGCCUACACGACGUACCUCAACGGUCGUGUCGUUCUGGCUCAGGAGAAGCACUAA